AUGGAUGACCUGGAGUCGCUGGAGCUGCUCUCACUCGUGUCGCGAGUGACGAACGAGCUCCAGAACCACCUGGGCAUCAACGAUAAAACUCUCGCCGAAUUCGUCAUCGACCAGCACCUUAAAUGUAAUGGCGCAUUUUCCGAGUUCAAGCAGGGGCUCAUUGACAUGGGUGCCGAGUUCCCACAGAGUCUGAUGGAGAGUAUCGAUCGACUGGUUCUUACCAUGCAUCCGAAAUACAAGUCAAAGAAAGCAGGAAUAAGCAAUGGUGACGUGCACAAUGGCGAUCUCGAUAAUGGCUUGGACGAGUUUGAUGCCCUAGAGAAGAAAGCGCGCGUGUUCAAGGGUCUUGCAGUCCCAGACACAGAGAAGCGGUGGGAGGAAAACGAUUACUUGGACGCAGAAGCCGAUGAAUCACAAGCCGGCGCAAUGGACGAUACAUUCGCUAUGUUAGAGGGACUGGCCGGGAAAUCAAAGGACACAAACCCACAACCUUCGAGAGACAGGGAUGACCGCCGUCACAAACGGAGCCGCAGCCCGGAGUACGAGGACAGCCGCGGACGCCGACACAGAGAUAAAUACCGCUCGAGGUCCCGAUCGCAGCGUCGCGGCAAGAAUGACGAUCUUGUGGACGAAUAUGGAAGAUCUAUCGAUAGAUACAAAGACCGAGAAGACGGCCAUCGCAGUGGGAAGAGCGAGCGCCGCAGACGACGAGACCGCGAUGACGACGAUUUCCGGCCACCUGUUGAGCUGGACGACCACCCCCAACUUUACAAGAUUUACGAUGGAACUGUGACGGGCGUGAAGGAUUUCGGCGCCUUUGUCAACCUGCAGGGAGUUAAAGGAAAGGUUGAUGGCCUCGUCCAUGUCUCAGCCAUGCAGGAAGGUGCGCGUGUAAACCACCCUUCAGACCUUGUGUCUCGUGGACAGCCUGUCAAGGUCAAGGUCGUUAGCAUUGAAGGCACUCGUAUUGGUCUCUCUAUGAAAGAGGCCGACCAAGCCACUGGAAUGGAUCUUAUUCCUCAGCGACGUUUGGCCUCAGGUGCGAACAUGCAACGACUGGACGGAGGGGGCCCCGGAGGUGAUCGGUAUGGCGGUCUUAGUGCCGAUGUACCCGUCAUUGUUGAAGAUGACACAAACGGCCGGCCUAUGCGAAAUCGAAAACGCAUGACCUCGCCAGAACGCUGGGAGAUUCGCCAGCUGAUUGCCUCAGGUGUGGCUUCUGCGGCAGACUACCCCGACUUGGAAGAUGAAUACCACGCUACCCUUACCGGCGAGGGGACAUUUGAAGAAGAGGAAGAUGUCGAUAUUGAAGUCAAGGACGAUGAGCCUCCUUUCCUGGCUGGUCAGACCAACCAGUCACUAGAACUUUCUCCAAUUCGUGUUGUCAAAGCCCCCGAUGGAUCGAUGAACCGCGCAGCAAUGUCCGGUACGAACCUUGCCAAGGAGAGGCGCGAUUUGAAACAACAAGAGGCACAAGACAAGGCCGCCGAACGGGCUGCUGAUGUCGACCUCAGUGCACAAUGGCUGGAUCCCAUGGCUGAUCCCGAGGACCGACAAUUCGCUUCAGAGCUACGCAGCAAGCCGAAGGACGAGUCAGUACCCGAGUGGAAGCGAGUCACGAUGGGUGCGGACAGCAAAAACCAGUCCUUUGGUAAACGGACAGAUAUGCCUAUGAAACAACAGCGUGAGAGCUUGCCGGUAUUCAAGUUCCGUAAACCUCUACUUGAUGCUGUGGCAGACAACCAAAUUAUGAUUGUCGUUGGUGAUACUGGUUCAGGAAAGACCACGCAAUUAACGCAGUACCUAGCCGAGGCCGGGUACGGAAAUAAGGGAAUCAUCGGCUGUACUCAACCACGUCGUGUUGCUGCCAUGUCCGUGGCUAAGCGUGUCUCCGAAGAAGUUGGUUGUCGUCUAGGAGCUCAGGUUGGCUAUACUAUUCGAUUCGAAGAUAUGACAAGCCCGGAGACAGUGAUCAAAUAUCAAACCGACGGUAUGCUUCAGCGUGAGAUCUUGGUCGAUCCCGAUCUUAAGAAAUACUCUGUGAUUAUGUUGGACGAAGCCCACGAGCGGACGAUUGCCACAGAUAUUCUUUUCGGAUUAUUGAAGAAAACUGUCAAGCGAAGACCUGACCUGCGCCUUAUUGUUACCUCAGCCACAUUGGAUGCCGAAAAGUUCUCGGAAUAUUUCAAUGGAUGUCCUAUCUUUUCAAUUCCUGGCCGAACAUACCCUGUUGAGGUCAUGUACUCAAAGGAGCCAGAAUCCGAUUACUUAGAUGCGGCACUUAUCACCGUCAUGCAAAUCCAUUUGACCGAAGCUGGUGGUGAUAUUCUUCUUUUCCUCACAGGUCAGGAAGAAAUUGACACGGCGUGUGAAAUCCUCUACGAAAGAAUGAAAGCUCUAGGGCCAUCGGUCCCUGAAUUGAUCAUUCUUCCUGUCUACUCUGCCCUUCCCAGCGAAAUGCAAUCGAGAAUUUUUGAUCCCGCGCCACCAGGAGCCCGCAAGGUAGUCAUUGCAACAAAUAUUGCCGAGACCUCAAUUACUAUCGAUAACAUUUACUAUGUCAUUGACCCCGGCUUUGUCAAGCAAAACGCCUAUGACCCGAAACUCGGAAUGGACUCUCUUGUGGUGACACCCGUUUCCCAAGCCCAGGCUAAACAGCGUGCUGGACGUGCUGGACGAACAGGCCCAGGAAAGUGUUUCCGACUUUACACUGAAGCGGCUUAUCAAUCUGAGAUGUUGCCAACAAGUAUUCCCGAGAUUCAAAGGCAAAACAUUUCACAUACCAUUCUUAUGUUGAAAGCAAUGGGCAUUAAUGACCUCCUCCACUUCGAUUUCAUGGACCCGCCACCCACAAACACUAUGCUUACUGCUCUGGAAGAAUUAUAUGCCCUUUCUGCCCUAGACGACGAAGGUCUCCUUACUCGCUUAGGCCGAAAGAUGGCUGAUUUCCCCAUGGAGCCGGCUCUGGCCAAGGUACUCAUUGCUUCUGUCAACAUGAGUUGCUCAGACGAAGUGCUGUCAAUCGUCGCGAUGCUUUCAAUCUCAAGCCCAUUCUACCGCCCGAAGGAGAAGCAGCAACAAGCCGACCAGAAGAAAGCGAAAUUCCAUGACCCCAUGGGUGACCAUUUGACCCUCUUGAACGUCUAUAAUGGAUGGAAGAAUUCCAAUUACAACAACACCUGGUGCUUCGAGAAUUUCAUUCAGGCUAGACAAAUCAAACGUGCCGAAGAUGUGCGCAAGCAACUUCUCGGUAUCAUGCAGAGAUAUAAGCAUCGCAUCAUCUCCUGUGGCCGAGACACUACCAAGGUGCGACAGGCUCUUUGCACCGGUUUCUUCCGCAAUGCUGCCCGCAAGGACCAGCAGGAAGGCGGUUAUAAGACGCUCGUCCAGGGUACCCCUGUAUAUCUUCAUCCGUCGUCUGCGCUAUUCGGCAAGGGCUCGGAGCACGUUAUCUACCACGAUUUGGUUCUCACGACAAAGGAGUAUAUGCACUGCACUACGUCUAUCGAGCCAAAGUGGCUUGUUGAGGCUGCCCCCACUUUCUUCAAGGUUGCGCCUACAGACCGUUUGUCUAAGCGGAAGAAGGCAGAGCGCAUCCAGCCUCUGCAUAACCGCUUUGCUGGUGAGGAUGACUGGCGUCUUUCUGCCCAGCGUCGUGGAGGAAGGGGUGGUGGUGGUGGAACCUGGGGUUGA